GCCUGCUCAGCAUGAGCCGCCAAUUCACCUGCAAGUCUGGAGCUGCAGCCAACCGGGGCUUCAGCGGCUGCUCUGCGGUGCUCUCUGGAGGCAGCUCAGCCUCGUACAGGGCAGGAGGCAAAGGGUUCGGAGGGGGCUUCAGCAGUCGGAGCCUCUACAGCCUGGGGGGUGCCCGGAACACCUCUUUCAAUGGCCCCAGCAGCAGUGGCCGGGCAGGGGGCUAUGGGUUUUGCCGGAAUCGGGCCAGUGGCUUUGCUGGUAGUAUGUUUGGCAGUGUGGCCAUGGGGUCCUCGAGUCCAUCCAUGUGUCUACCUGGAGGUAUCCACCAGGUGACCAUCAACAAGAGUCUCCUGGCCCCCCUCAAUGUGGAGCUGGACCCUGAGAUCCAGAAAGUUCGGGCCCAGGAGCGGGAGCAGAUCAAAGUGCUGAACAACAAGUUUGCUUCCUUCAUUGACAAGGUGCGCUUCCUGGAGCAGCAGAACCAGGUGCUGGAGACCAAGUGGGAGCUGCUGCAGCAGCUGGACCUGAACAACUGCAGGAAGAGUCUGGAGCCCAUUUAUGAGGGCCACAUCAGCAGCCUGCGGAAGCAGCUGGAGACCCUGUCCGGGGACCGGGUGAGGUUGGACUCGGAGCUGAGGAGCAUGAGGGACGUGGUGGAGGACUACAAGAAGAGGUAUGAAGAGGAAAUAAACAAGCGUACAACUGCAGAGAAUGACUUUGUGGUGCUUAAGAAGGAUGUGGAUGCAGCUUACAUGAGCAAGGUGGAGCUUCAGGCCAAGGUGGAUGCUUUGGAUGGAGAAAUCAAGUUCUUCAAGUGCCUGUAUGAGGGGGAGAUUGCUCAGAUGCAGUCCCACAUCAGUGACACAUCCGUCAUCCUGUCCAUGGACAAUAACCGGAACCUGGACCUGGACAGCAUCAUCACCGAGGUCCGUACCCAGUAUGAGGACAUUGCCCUGAAGAGCAAGGCUGAGGCAGAGACGCUGUACCAGACCAAGUUCCAGGAGCUGCAGCUGGCAGCUGGCCGGCAUGGGGAUGACCUCAAACACACUAGGAAUGAGAUCUCGGAGCUGAGUCGGCUCAUCCAGAGGCUGCGCUCGGAGAUUGAGAGCGUGAAGAAACAGUGCUCCAACCUGGAGACAGCCAUCGCGGAUGCGGAGCAGCGGGGUGACUGUGCCCUCAAAGAUGCCCGGGCCAAGCUGGAUGAGCUGGAAAACCGCCUCCAGCAGAGCAAGGAGGAACUGGCCCGAAUGCUGCGUGAGCACCAGGAGCUCAUGAGUGUGAAGCUGGCCCUGGACAUCGAGAUCGCCACCUACCGCAAGCUGCUGGAGGGCGAGGAGUGCAGGAUGUCUGGAGAAUAUACCAACUCUGUGAGCAUUUCAGUCAUCAGCAGCUCCACAGCUGGGACAGCAGGGGCAGGAACCAGCUUUGGGUUCAAUGGUACUGGCACCUAUGGCUACCGGUCCAGCUCUGUUGGUGGGGGCUAUAGCAUGCUCUCUGGGGGCUGUGUCACUGGCACUGGGAACUGCAGCUCCCGUGGGGAGCCCAAGACUAGGCUUGGAAGUGCAAGCGAAUUCAAGGAUGCUCCAGGGAAGAACUUGGUCCUGGGCUCACCUACCAAGAAAGCCACAAGAUAG